CAGCAGUACCCUCGUCUUCUCCUUCGGCCCCGCCCCCCGUUUCCUCUUCCUGCUCUCCGCAGUCACACUCUACCUCCGGCCGCCGGACCGGCCAACCGUCGGCUUCCUUCAGUGCACGUUCCCUAUCUCUCUCCGUCUCUCUUGGCGUGCUGAUUCAGCAUUACUGUAGCCCGUAGCUUGGUAUCUGGUCCACCUUGUCUUCACUCAGAUGUUUCGGAGCAGCAGGAAGGAGGAAACACAUCAAGAAUCAUUGCUGUCCUCAAUUUCAUUAUUGGACUGAGGUUCCCGUAAGAAAAAAGGAGGGAUUUUCGCUUUUCAGUCGAAAGCCCCUUUGCAAAGUUGCAAACCGUAAAACCCUUGCCUGUUCCUCCGUUUACUCUCCGGUUGACAACGUUGCUGAACGCUGAGCAGUCUCCAGACGAAGACCCAGCUACCGGCAGCCGUCGAUGCUGUAAAACCGGCCGGAUACCGGUUGCAAGGGUUGGAGGUAAACCAUCUUCUUUUGUCAUUACUCAAGGUUAGGGAGAUUUGCAGAAAAUAUACCUCUUUUUUGGCGAGUUCCUGAUGGAUCAUCUGCCUCAAAUUCCUAAAAUUAACAUCAUUUUCCUCAUUGCAUAGAUAGAUAGAGAGAGAGAGAGAGAGAGAGAGAGAGAGAAUGGAAGCGAAGGCCCUAUGUGGAACCUUCUCACCAUUGACAAGGCCACCAUCUAGAACCCAACCAUCCAUUCUGUUCAAGAUAGAAACCAAGAACUCCAUCUUGUUCCCCCUCAAGAAGCUGAAGACGAACUUGUCCCUACGGUUGGAUCACCGAAGGAUGGGCAUUAUCGUUGAUGGCCUGGUGAAAGAAAGUGACCAAAUGGAGGAAAGCAUGGAGCAUGAACUCAGGAGGAAGAGGGUAGCUGUCUUUGUUUCAGGUGGGGGUUCGAACUUCAAGUCUCUUCACCAAGCUAUGAUUCAAGAUCGGAUUCAUGGGGACGUCGUAGUUGUAGUCACGGAUAAACCAAGUUGUGGAGGUUCUGAGUAUGCAAGAGAAAAGAGUAUUCCAGUUGUUUCUGCUCCCAAAAGUUCAUCUUUGCCUUCUGGGCUCCCUGCUGUUGACUUGGUGAAUGCUCUUAGAGAAUUCAAGGUCGACUUUCUUCUACUGGCUGGUUACUUAAAACUUUUGCCUGUUGAGCUGGUGCGGGCAUAUCCAAGAGCAAUAUUAAACAUACACCCAUCUCUUCUCCCUGCAUUUGGGGGCAAAGGAUAUUAUGGUAUUAAGGUGCAUAAAGCUGUCAUUGCAUCUGGAGCUAGGUAUUCUGGUGCAACAAUCCAUUUUGUAGAUGAGCACUAUGAUACAGGGCGCAUCCUUGCUCAGAGGGUUGUGCCAGUGUUGGUAACUGAUAGUCCAGAGGAGUUGGCUGCAAGAGUGCUACGUGAGGAACACAAGCUCUAUGUUGAGGUAGUCACAGCUUUGUGCGAGGAGCGUAUCUUUUGGAGGGAAGAUGGUGUACCUUUUAUUAAGAAAAGAGGAUAUGAAGAUGAAUACUGCUGAUCUUGAUGGCACCAAUCCAUUUUUGGUCGGGUAAGAUUGGAGUGUGAUUUAUUGAUGUGCUAUAACAUGGGACUGCCUGGUUCUUUGGAAGAAAAAAAGCAAAAACCAAAACGAUAUCCAUACGAUGAGUUGCUUUACAAAAAAUCGGGAACAUGGCAGUGUCGAUGCAUUUGCCAUUUUGUAAUUCUAAACUUUAUAAUCUGUUUGAUAGUUUACAAUCAUCAUGUAUA